AUGUCGCGCCGCGUGCAAAACAAACCGCGCCCAAAAAUACACGUGCGUUCACAGGUCGCGCCUGAGCCCGUCCCAGUAGCGGAACCUGCGCCCACCGAGGACCAACCCCCUUCUGACGACGAAAAAGACCCGGACUGGAGGUCUUCACGACCCGCAUCACCACCACAAAGAAAUGACGACAUCUCCGAAGGAUCUGAAGCGACAGCUCGACCCUUGCGGCCGGAACCCACCAGUCGAUACUCCAACUUGAACUAUUGGAAGGCAAGGAGAGUAACUUUCUACCGCAACGGUGAUCCGUUUCAUCCUGGCAUUGAGUUCAGGUUCAAACCUGGAAGAGACUUGGUUUCCAUGGACGUUUUGUUAGACAGGCUUUCUGAGAGGCUGGAGCUUCCAAGAGGCGCUAGGUUUAUAUUUGGUAUGGAUGGAGACCGGAAAUAUCGUCUGGAAGAAUUGGAAGACGGUGCUUCAUACGUUGUUUCAUCAUACAAAACAUUCAAAGCUGCAAGCUACGGCAAAAAGAACGGCAUGUGGUAUGGGGGGACCAGCACAGGAACCAGUGGAUGGUCGAGAACUGGGACUCGGAAGCAGUCGGUGGCUGAAUCUGAUGCCCCGCCACCAGGGGGCGGUAAACCUUCGAGUGGCCGGGUUAUCCGCAUCAUCAAUAACAUGGAUCAUUCUAUACAGUGUCGUGUGCUUUUGAAUCUAAGAACAACACAACCAUUUGAAGAAGUCUUGGAAGAUUUAGGGCAAGUUCUGAAAAUGAGUGGAGCAAAACGAAUGUAUACCAUCACGGGACAAGAGGUACGCAGUUUCUCGCAACUCAGGAAUGAGUUCGCAGAUGUUGAAACUUUCUACUUGGGUUCCGUGUCCCUACAGCCAGCGUUGACUCCAGUAGUCGCCACUCUUCCAAUAGAAUCGCCAAUAAGGAGGUCAAGAUCGAGAGCCAACGUUGCGGCUAUACCGAUAUCUGAAGACACCCGCGGCAGACGAGCUCGGAGUAAGAGCAGACCUCGCGCUCUCUACGCUGCUGAGGGCGAGAUCAUACGCACCACGGGAACCGAUUACACUCUUCUAGAAGUAUUGAAGGAAGAGCCAAUGAGAGUAACAAUUCGAGGUCUCCGGCGCACGUUCUACCCGCCGAUACACCACCCGCCAAUAGACAACUCUCCUCCAGAGAAAAAGCUGCAACUCGAUUGGGUGUAUGGCUACCGUGGCUUCGACUCUAAGAGAAACUUGUGGGUCCUGCCAACUGGAGAGCUGUUGUACUACGUGGCUGCGGUGGCCGUCAUGUACGAUAGAGACGAGGAGUCCCAACGGCAUUACAUGGGCCAUACUGAAGAUAUACAAUGUAUGGAGCUACACCCGUCCCGCGAGCUGGUGGCAAGUGGGCAGCGUGCGGGUCGCGGCCGUCGUGCUCAGGCUCACAUUCGUAUCUGGAGCACGGACACACUGCAGACGCUACAUGUGUUCGGCAUGGCUGAAUUCGAAGUUGGAGUCUCUGCUGUAGCCUUCUCGCAACUAAAUGGAGGCAGUUACGUAAUGGCUGUUGAUGGUGGAAGAGAAAGUAUUCUUUCUGUGUGGCACUGGCAAUGGGGACAUCUUCUUGGCAAAGUUGCAACAUUGCAGGAAGAGCUCUCGGGUGCAGCAUUUCAUCCUCUCGACGACAACUUGCUAAUUACCCACGGUAAAGGACAUUUGGCGUUUUGGAACAGAAGAAAAGAUGGAUUUUUCGAGCGAACUGACAUUAUUAAACCGCCAUCACGGACACACGUAACAGCGCUUCAGUUUGAACAAGAUGGCGACGUAGUUACAGCUGAUAGUGAUGGAUUUAUUACAAUUUAUAGCGUAGACAGUGAUGGUGCAUAUUUUGUACGAAUGGAAUUUGAGGCGCACAUAAAAGGCAUAAGUUCACUAAUAAUGCUAUCUGAGGGUACGUUAAUAUCCGGUGGAGAAAGGGACAGAAAAAUAGCAGCCUGGGAUUCAUUACAAAAUUAUAAGAGAAUAACUGAUACUAAGCUUCCUGAGACUGCUGGUGGAGUGCGCAGUAUAUAUCCUCAGAGACCAGGAAGAAAUGAUGGUAAUUUAUAUGUCGGCACAACUCGCAACAAUAUUAUGGAAGGGUCAUUGCAGAGACGUUUUAAUCAAAUUGUGUUUGGCCAUUAUAAACAAUUGAUGGGAGUAGCAGUUCACCCUGAUGAUGAGAUGUUCGCAACUGCUGGUCACGAUAAAAACAUCGCUCUGUGGAAAGGCCAUAAAGUUGUUUUUGCUGUAACGGUGGGCUAUGAAUGCGUGUCAUUAGCCUGGCAUCCUGGAGGUGGGGCGUUGGCUGCUGGAAGCACUGAAGGGCAUCUCAUUGUUCUCAAUGCAGAUGCAGGAGCCUCCGUCUGCACCAUCAGAGUCUGUGGCUCCCCACUCAAUUGUCUACAGUAUAAUACCGCUGGCGACUUGCUUUCAAUUGGAUCCCAAAACGGAAGCAUUUACCUGUUCCGGGUGUCAAGAGAUGGCUUCUCCUACAAGAAGUCGAACAAGAUUCGUGGCGCUCAACCUCUGAUGCAGCUUGACUGGAGCCUCGAUGGAAACUACUUGCAAUCGGUCACCGCUGAUUAUGAUCUAGCUUUUUGGGAUGUAAAAGCUUUGUCACCGGAGAAGAGUCCAAUCGCAAUGAAGGAUGUGAAGUGGUCGACAUUCAAUUCUACAGUUGGAUUCCUUGUAUCAGGAAUGUGGAACAACAGAUUCUACCCCAUGACUUCACUGAUAACAUCUUCAAGUCGCUCGUCCGCCCAUGAUCUGCUAAUCAGUGGAGACUCCGAUGGAUACCUCCGUCUAUUUAAGUACCCCUGUGCAAGCCCCAAGGCAGAAUAUUACGAAGUGAAAGUAUACACAGGCGCGGUCCUGGCCGCCAGAUUCUUGUUCAACGACCGUUGCCUUGUCACAUCUGGUGGCUCCGACGCGGCGCUCAUGCUUUGGGAAUUGGUGGAUGACUAGCAUCAGUAUCAGGGGCUGAGACCCCCUGCCCUUGUCGUUGCACCUCCAACACCUCCGGUUACUGCACCGCCCACAUUCCAAGUUCUGGAUUUUGAUGCACUUGAUUGAUCGGCGCAAGAGUACCCUUCGUUGGAGCUUCGUGGAAUGCGACAUUACACAUUUUAUGGCCUUUUUGCGCCACGGUGAUGUGUCAUAUGGGAAUAGUUCAUUAAAGUCGAUUAUUCGGAUUCAGAUAUUUUGGCUGUAUAUGUCUUAUAUAGGUAUGUAAGACAGGUGUCUUAUAUACACCCAGCAUUUUCUAUUAUUAUUGGACAAGAUAUAUCAAGAUUUUUUAAUACUCAUGUUCACGAUGUUCUCGCCCUGAGAUAUAUUUUAUCAGAAUAUAUCAGUUUAAACAACUGUACCUUAUCUGGGCUGCAUGAGAACUAAAUCUGUACUAAAGAUCUCUGCAGAAGAAAUCUUUAGAACUAAAAUUGAAUUGCGAACUUUUAGGAUAUAAAGUUCUAUGAAGUAACAUGAUCUAAGACUUUAAAUAAAACUAGAGUGUAGGUUAUUAUAUAAUAAUAAACUGUAAUUUAUUGUACUGUAGUAGAACUUCACUUUGCUAUCGAAAUUAUUUGCUUAAAUGCACUUUGCAAUACAUUUUGUAAUAUGAGAACAAAAAAAAACUGCGUAAGUGGACACAGACAUAUUGAUUUAAAAUUAUUAAAUCUGAGAACUGGCUCAGCUUAUGGUACCUCUUAUUUUUUCAGAGUUUCAAGCAAUAUUUAAAAUUAAAAUAUAAAUGAUUAAAUUUCAUUCCUCUACAUGUUUCUGAGAAAAAAGGGUCUUGACAAAUAGAUAACCAUGUGAUCCUAUUAGCUUCUAACUUUUGUGUAGGUACCUACGCAGAACAUUUAAAUGUAUGUAAAGUCAUUACGAACUACAAAACUAGUUCCUGGUUUGUAAUAUAUAACUCCAAAUUUAUGUAAGAACCUAGGUACCGUAAUCCACUUUUGGGGCGUAUAUGUACCUAUGUAAUAAUACCCUUAAACACAUGGUCGGAUUUGGUUCGGCAAUAUUGUC